AUGAUGGAGGAAGCAAAAUCCAUUGACUUUCCAUUAGGUACAACUCUAGAAGCUUUCCGACAAGUUUACAGAGUAGCAGAAGACCCAUGUUUCCUGUGCAACUAUAUAGUUCCAGCAAGUAUAAAUUCGACUAAAGUUGGAAUUGAAGAUCACAAAGUGUGUAAUGAAGCAGAAAUUAAAAUGAAACCAAGGAGUUGUUCAAAUCGGUUCACUUCAUCUUCGAGUUCUCCAUCGUCAUCUUCGGUUGAUCGUCCCAAAAGUCAUGGAAGAACUUUUCUCCCUUCAUCAUUGCUUUUGAUGCUUAAUUCCCCAUCUUCUCAGGCAAUAACAGUCUGUAAUGGUAAUCAUAUGUAA